AUGCAAAGAAGCUCACGACGCGCCAGAUAUAUCCGUAAAAAGCGCAACUUGCAACGCAAUGAACAUGAACCCCAGGCUCAAUCUUCACAAGUACAGCCCGGGAGAAAUGAGCGGGGCUUAGUAGAGCAAGAGACGGAAGCCCCGACUGAAGUUUUCAUCGAAGACAGCAGCUUCACUAACAGCCCCGUCACGUCCGAUGGGAUUAGUAACGAUGGCCAACUCCAACCAAGUCAAACACAGAGAAAUCAAAGGCAACAUCCUUGUUCGGUAGAUUUGAGUCUAUCUUACAUCGUCGAGGUUGUCCACAGACCAAAAGAUGGCUCAACCGAGCCCGUCAAAGUCCACUAUCCUAUCCCGGCUUGCAUCGCAGACCAGUCUGCCUACAAUCAUGUACCCAAGGUCAUAGAGACGAUUUCUCUUCAAGAGGCGCUCACAAUGCCGGCUCCAGAAAUCGCGGACCAGCUCAUCCGUCCUUUCUUCGAGAUCAUGCAUGUAGCGUACCCCGUGUUCGACCGAGAGAACUUCUCACGACAGUACCGUCAAGGCCAGGCAUCGCCUCUAGUCCUGCAGGCUAUGUUCCUCCUCGGUUUCACGGUAUGCGAUGACAGUCUCAUCGAGGAAGCUGGCUUUACUGAUCGAGCUACGGCGAGGAGAACGCAUUAUCUUCGCGCCAAAGCUCUUUACGAUGCGGAGUACGAGAGUGAUCACAUGAAUCUUGUGGCUGUUAUGCUGCUUCUAGGUUUCUGGUGGGCUGGCCCGGAAGACCAAAAGGAUAAUUGCUACUGGGUCAAUUGUGCCGCGACUAUGGCUCAGUCUCUCGGCAUGCACAGGUCGGUGUCACACUCGGCCUUGAGUCCACGGAUACGAUCACUUAGGAAGAGGAUUUGGUGGGCCAUCUACACCCGCGAUAGACACACCUCUGCAGCAUUCGGCCGACCAUGUCGGAUCCGUGAUGAGGACUGCGACAUAGAGCCUUUAACCGAGGAGGACUUUGAGUUCGAUAAGAACGGCGAUGAAAGACUGAUACCAGCUCAGCACAAGUACCACGUAGCAUAUGUCAUGGAGAUGGCGAAACUGACUACAAUAUUGGGAGAUAUAAUAGUCGCUGAGUUCAGCCCACGUCGUGCUAUGAUUGAGAAGUACGAAGCCAAGUCGCUGAAGAAAGAGCUCCGCCGAUGGAAUUCAAGUCUGCCGGCGCACCUGAGUCCAGCGCCGCUCGAUGGCUCGCUCGGCGCUUCAUUCUGGGCUAGCAUGGUUCAGUUCACUUAUCAACCGAAGGCUAUCGAUAACCUCACGCCAGCAGAGUCAGAAAGAGACAAGCAAGCUCGCAUGGCAGCGGACGCCAUCACUCGCAAUGCAGAAGACCUACUCGCUGCUGAGACUAUCAGAUCCGCACAGAUCCAUCUGUAA